CGAUAACAGUCUAAACUAGUUGGUUUUUAAUUGAGCCUUUGCGCUCGUCCAACUUACUGGGAAUUUCUCCUUGUGCUGAAACAUCGUUGUUCGAAAUCUUUGACGAAAACUAUAGUUUCGAUGCGGGAUUUUUCAAAAUGUUUUCUUAAAAUUAGGAGAAUGAAUAUACUAGGAAAAAGGGCCUUUUAGGAACGCGGUGAGAGGGAGAAACCUUGCGAGAUUAUUGAGUUAUGAAAUGCAUGAGAUUCAUGCUUCUGUGAAGUAUGUGGAAUAUGUGAUACACUAUGUGUACUAUUUGUUCAAAGAAUAUGAAGUUAGUAGAGAAUUUAUAUAGAAACUUUAUGUAUGCUUUAAUACUUAGUACGGGCUUUUCUUUAUUAAGAAACAUGCCACCAAGAAGAAACCCCCAUGCAACCCCAACUGUUGAGGAGUUAGCUCAAACUAUUCAGCAGAUGGCGCAACACAUUGGAGCAGCUCAGAACCAGAACCCGGGGGUCGACUAUGCAACACGUGUAGCCGGAAGGAACCCUCCAAAAUACCUGGGAGAGGAGGAUCAUCUGAUUCUAGAAGACUGGAUCCGAACCUUCGACAAGCUCUUCGACUCACUCAACUGCCCAUUGGAGCAGCGGGUGAACAUUGCGGUGUACUACUUGCACCAAGAAGCGGAUCAUUGGUGGGCCGCCACUGGAGCAACCCUGCUCGAGCAACCGGGGUUUUGUUGGGAAGAUUUCAAGGUAGCCCUACGUGACCGUUUCUAUCCGGAUCAUGUGAAGGAGGCAAACUAUGAUGAGUUUGUCAACUUCAAGCAAGGAGAUUUAACUGUCCAGGAGUACCAUACAAAGUUCGUCCAACUGGCCCGCUUUGCCAAGGAUCUGGUAUCCACUGAGGCCAGCAUGACCCGCAGAUUUGUUAAUGGGCUGAACUUUGGUGCCCAAAAGUUCGUGACCGUGGCAGAGCCGCGGAACAUGAAUGAGGCGUACCGGAAGGCUGGGAAGUACUACAUGGUACAUCAGAAGGAGAGAGAGGCGCAAAAGAGAGACCGGAAGGUUGCCGAGGUAGAACAGCAGCAAAAGAAGGCCCGAACUGACCGCCCGGAGCCAAGACAAAACAACCAAAGCAGUAGAACCUUCCAAGGCCAGGGUCAGGGAAGGAAUCAACCCGCUCAGGCACGGUACUACAAAUGCAAACUGUGCCCAAACAACCAUCCCGGGAAGGACUGUGCGGGAAAUGCAGUGAGAUGUUACAACUGUAAUCUCAUGGGACAUCGGGCAUAUGAGUGCCGGAAACCUCCAAGCCAGGGUCAAAACCAGGGGAACAACCAAACUGGGGGCGGGAAUAAUCACGCUAACACCAACCGUGGUAAUCCCGGUAAUCGCCCAGCGGAGGCUAACCGAAACCAAGGCCCGGGAGGGCAAAACAACACCCAAGGCCGCAUCUACGUUAUGAACCAGGCUCAAGCAAAUGCACACGAUGUGGUGUCAGGUGAGGAUGUUCUUGUUGAUUGAUGAUUGCUUGCGUGGCCUGAGAGCGAAUUAGAAGUUGCCUUAGUCAUACUAGUCAUGAAAUGAAUAUUUACUUUACAAACACUUUAUUUUUAUUGAGUUAAAGUUGUUAUACUUUAGUUGCCUGUGCAUCC